CAAUCAAUCACGCUCGCUCGCAUCGCAUCAUCGCCAUUGCGCCCAGACUUGUGCACGAGCCCGCUCCCCUACGACGCGCCCGCCCGCCCGCAUUCCGGCUCCCAACUUUUCGACCACUGCAGCAACCACACUACCCCUUGUUGAUUCGCCCUCACCUUCCCUCGGCUCAUCACGCCCCUUAGCCCCUCGCCUCCCUCGUCGUCCCUCCUGCUCCCUCCCUCGUCCCCCCCGAACUUUCCCUUGUUCCACCCUUGCCUCGCCUUGACUUUGACUUUGGCUGGACAGCACAUACACACACAUCGACGACGACACUGCUUGCGACGACUUUGGACACUUUCAUCUCACACGUUCACACAUCUUCUCCACAACAACACACCCAACAACCCUUUUGUGGCUGUCUCACACUCAGCGCCCAUCGUCACAGCAUCGCCUCACACCCACACCCACUACACGUUUAUAAACACAUCUCUCAUCUGUAGCCCGUAGCCCCCUCCCCCCUCCUCCACAACACCUCACCACCAUGACCGUCGCAAACGGCACUGUCAAGGUCAACGUCUCGAACCUCAAGGCCAUCUACGAGGACGCCGGCCAGGGCCACGUCUUCAACUUCUGGGACAAGCUCACUCCCCUCGAGCAGGCCCAGCUCGCCGAGCAGCUGGCCUCGAUCGACGUCAACCGCGUCAACCGUAUCUACCGCAACGCCGUCGCAGCCGAGGCUCCCGUUACGCCCCUCGUCGAGACGCCCCAGGAGGUCCCCUCGGACGGUCUCCACCCGCCCAACCUCCUCGCGCUCGACAAGUCGCGUUCGCCCUCGCCCGCGCCCGUGCCCGAGCCCGUCCUCCCCCUCCCCCAGAGCGCGUGCGCGACCGUCAUUGACAACGCCGAGGACGUGGCACGCUGGCGCGCUACUGGCCUCCAGGCCAUUGCCAACAACGAGGUCGCCGUCCUGCUCCUUGCUGGUGGCCAGGGCACCCGCCUCGGCUCGUCCCACCCCAAGGGCAUGUACGACAUCCAGCUCCCCUCGCACAAGUCGCUGUUCGAGUACCAGGCCGGCCGUAUUGCUCGCCUCGAGGCUGUCGCCGCCGCCGCCACCGGUAAGAACGCCAAGGACGUCAAGAUCCGCUGGUAUGUCAUGACCUCGGGUCCUACUCGCACCGAGACCGAGGCCUACUUUGAGAGCAAGAACUGGUUCGGCCUUGGCCAGGACAGUGUCAUCUUCUUGGAGCAGGGUGUUCUCCCUGCUCUCUCCAACGACGGCAAGCUGCUGCUUGCGACUCCCUCGAGCCUCUCGGUUGCCCCUGACGGAAACGGUGGCCUCUACGCCGCCCUCCGUAAGCCACUCAGCCCCGACUCGGACCUCACCGUCCUUUCCGACCUUGACAACCGCGGUAUCAAGUUUGUCCACGUUUACGGUGUCGACAACUGCCUCGUCAAGGUUGCCGACCCCAUCUUCAUCGGUGCCAACAUUGAGCGUCAGGCUGCCUGCGGCGCCAAGGUUGUCCGCAAGCACCUUCCCGCCGAGUCGGUCGGUGUCCUUGCCCUCAAGGGCGGUGCCUUCAGCGUCGUCGAGUACUCUGAGCUCUCGCGCGAGAAGGCCGAGCAGCUCGACGAGACUGGUCGCCUCGCUUUCUGGGCCGGCAACAUUGUCAACCACUUCUACACGACCGAGUUCCUCCACUCGAUCGAGGCCAUGGAGCGCAAGAUGGCCUUCCACAUUGCCCGCAAGAAGAUUGCCCACGUCGACGUUGCGACUGGCGAGACCAUCAAGCCUUCUACCCCCAACGGCAUGAAGCUCGAGCUCUUCGUCUUUGACGUCUUCCCCUUCACCUCGUCCCUCUCGGUCAUCGAGGUCGACCGUGCCGAGGAGUUCUCGCCCCUCAAGAACGCCCCUGGUUCCAAGACUGACGGCCCUGAGACGUCGCGCCGUGACCUCCUCGCCCAGCAGCGCCGCUGGCUCGAGGCUGCUGGUGCCACUGUCGCCGAGGACGCCGAGGUCGAGGUCACUCCCGAGAUCACCUACGGCGGCGAGGCCCUCGAGUUUGUCGCUGGCAAGCACAUUGCCCGCUCGGGUGUCAUGUCGUCGCCUGCCGAGCUCGCUGCUCUUCUCUAAGUUUAGCAAAACCUUGACGGUCACCCAUCCCUUCAACGAACACUAUAGCGCAGUUCCUAAUCCUGGGGCUGCUUGCCUGGGCCAGCCCCUCUCACAAUCAUGGACACUUGGAUGGUGGCACUACGAAUAUCUCUCUCACGCUGCAUUAUGUACAUAGGCCUUGCGGGC